UAGGCAGAAACGAAGCUAAAAUUUUGGAUUUGAAUUAUUUUUGAGGAUAUUAUAUCGAUAUUUUUGUAAAAUGAGUAUCGACCCUAUUGAACUCGAUAGUAGGGAUGAAAAAGUCAUGGCAACAGACGACGACUUAAAGAAAUCUGAGAGCGAUGAACGCUUAAAGCUAUUUUACGAGCAAAGGGAUMACUGUUUGAGAACUUUUGAAAAAUGGACAGAAUGUGAACAAGUGGAGUUUGUAGAAUAUUUACUAUCGAGGAUGUGCCAUUACCAACAUGGCCAUGUGAAUGCCUAUCUCAAACCAAUGCUACAAAGAGACUUUAUCACAGCGCUACCAGCAAAAGGUCUUGACCAUAUAGCAGAAAGUAUUCUUUCAUUUUUGGAUGCCAAGUCAUUAUGUGCUGCUGAAGUUGUUUGUAAAGAAUGGAGAAGAGUAAUUGCUGAUGGUAUGCUGUGGAAAAAACUGAUUGAGAGAAAAGUAAGAACAGAUCCAUUGUGGCAUGGUUUAUCAGAGAGACAAGGAUGGGGUCAGUAUUUAUUUAAAUCAAAAGUACCAGAUCCACCAAAUAAUGAUUAUUAUAGACGAUUAUAUCCAGCUAUUAUAAAGGAUUUAGAGACUAUAGAAACAAACUGGCGGUGUGGCCAUCAUGCAUUACACAGAAUCUACUGUCGAAGUGAAAACAGCAAAGGAGUUUACUGCUUGCAGUAUGAUGAUCAGAAGAUAGUUAGUGGUCUUAGAGAUAAUACUAUCAAGAUUAUUGAUCUUCCUGUUCGCUUGAUUGGGUCACCAAGAAACUUCAAAGUCAGUCGAGGUGUAUUACAAGUUAAGGUCAAUGACCAAUGGGGAUUCGUUUGCAACGAAAGGUGGACACGAGAUGACUCAAAAGUAGCUUGCGGAAUGCUGGGAUACCCUAAUGCUAUAUAUAGGAAAAUGAAAAGAAUUAAUUCUGGGGGCAAAGCUCCUCUGUUCUUAAUGAAUAAUGUGUCGUGUUCUGGUCUUGAAUCAUCCCUUGUGGAAUGUAAUCACCAAGGCUGGGGGCCAUUCAAGUGUAUCGGUGGUUUUGCUGUUCAUUUAGUCUGUGAACUACCGCGAUCAGAUUCUGAGAAUCAAAAAAUUCGACUUCGAGGCUCCUAUCAACUAUGGGAAGGUAGACUCGAGGUGAAAUCCAACAAUCCUCUCCAUUGGGGAACUGUAUGUGAUGAUAAUUUCGACCUGAAAGAUGCUAACGUUGCUUGUAGAACCCUAGGACUCGGCACAGCGUCCAGAGUAUUYACCAACGCUAAGUUUGGUCAAGGAAUAGGACAGAUCUACAUGGAUAAUGUUGAAUGUCGAGGAUGGGAGAAGUCAUUUCAUCAAUGUAGUCACAAGAAGAACAGUGAUUGUACGCACUAUGAAGACGUCAGCGUUCGAUGUWAUUCUCCCAAACUUUACAAAAACAAGGUUCGCUUAUUUGGUGGUAUGACCAAGCUUGAAGGGUAUGUAGAGAUCUUGGACGAGCGUGGCUGGGGAGCAGUUUGUGCAGAAGACUGGGGACUGGAGGAAGCAAUUGUUACGUGUCGAGAAYUAAAUCUCGGUUAUGCUCGAGAAGCGACCAAAGGAAACUACUUCAGAAGAUCCAAGACCAGUAUACUAUACUCGGACAUAGAAUGCAAGUUGUCACUUCAGGAUCGCUCUAUUGCUGUAUGGGAUAUGCAAUCACCUACAGAUAUUAACCUUAGAAGAGUACUAGUUGGUCAUCGUGCUGCAGUCAAUGUUGUUGACUUUGAUGAUAAAUACAUUGUGUCGGCAUCAGGAGACAGAACUAUCAAGGUUUGGAGUACAUCAACGUGCGAGUUUGUUAGAACGUUGAAUGGUCAUAGAAGAGGAAUUGCUUGCUUACAGUACAGAGAUCGUCUGGUUGUUAGUGGUUCCUCAGAUAACACAAUAAGACUGUGGGAUAUAGAAUGUGGAGCRUGUUUGAGAGUACUUGAUGGGCAUGAAGAACUUGUUAGAUGCAUCAGGUUUGAUAACAAACGGAUUGUUAGUGGUGCUUAUGAUGGAAAAAUAAAGGUUUGGGACUUACAAGCAGCACUAGAUCCAAGGGCACCUGCUGGGUCUCUAUGUAUACGUACUUUAGUGGAACAUACUGGCAGAGUAUUUAGACUUCAAUUUGAUGACUUUCAAAUUGUAAGUAGUUCCCAUGAUGACACUAUCCUGAUGUGGGAUUUCCUGAACUACUCAGAUCAACAAGUUUUAGGAUUUACCAGCAUCAAAAAAGAUCAGUAAACUAAGUAUGAAAUAAUUUGUUUAUUUAUUAAGAGGCUAUAAGUAUCUUGUAAAGACAGUCAAUGUCAUGUUAAUAGGAAGUGAUAUGCCAAUAAUAUCCAGCAGAUCCAAUAAUAAAAAUAAAAAUAAACGAUUAAUUAAUUGUAGUGAGAUCUUCAUUCAAAUGGUUUUAUGUAUAUAGUUUGGUAGUUAAAUAUUUACAUUGCUUGGAUUCUAAGAUGUCAAUUAUGCCUUUUUAUGUUCUUCAAAAGAAACAUUAUCCCUAUUGUACAGUCCAUUUCUAACAGAUUUGUAGUUAGAUUCCUUUUCUCAUUUAAUGUAUCAUAGUAAUUGUAAACAUUGGAAGGUGUAAAAUUUACUAAUUUUAUUCCAAGUUUAUCAAAGUAAAAUACCAUUUAUCUGUGAAACAAGAUAUGCUUAAUUGAAAAAAUGUAGUCACAUGCCAAGCUAUGAGGGGAGCAAAUAUGGUACUGUGAAUGUUAUAAAAGAUUGCCUCCACUGAGUAAAAUGACCUCUACAAGUAAAGAUAUAAUAUAACAUGACUGUUUAGGGAAAUAUGAUUUGAAUUGCCAAUACCCAAGAUCUCUUUCUGAUUUAGCUUUGAUAAGAUCACCUUUUUGUGACCCAACAUGUUUUCAGUUAGGUGUUUGUGCUAUUGCCUUAUCUUACUAUUAGAUAGGGUGCCCCUAGUGGUAGGGCCAAAAUCCUUUGUUUUAAAUCCUCCCAGGAAAAGAAAAAAAAAAAGAGUUAGCCCUACCACGUAGGGGCACCCUAUCUCAUGUAAACAGGGUCUUAAAUACAAAUUUUGUACAGAGUAUUGUUAGCAUGUAAGUACAGGAAUUGUACAAAAAGCAACAUAUYUGGUGUUCUUUGUAUUUUUAGCUCAUACUUAAUAGAUAUCAGCAAAAUAAUUUUGAGCAAAAAGGGUUUCACAGAUGUAUGGUGUUGCUCCAGUUGCAUGUAGAAAAAGAGUGAUGAUUUUUGCAUUUGGCUCUUUCUUGUUGUGCACUUGGUUCAGUAUUAAAUAAAAACUUCUUAUGAUGA